GCGCUUUCGCGCCAUGAAUACGCAUGGCGGGUAUAGUUGGCAGCCAUGAGCGUGAUGUCUAUCACUUUCUACCAUCUACGACCAUCGAUUGCUCAUUUGCGAAGUGGUUUCAACAGUUUUUUUACCAUAUAGGCUGAAAUAAAUUUUACGGAAUUCAGGAUUACACUGAGUCGUUUACAUGAGGCGUGCAAUUUUUCUUCAUUCCGUGAUUAAGUGAAGGGAACCAUGACGACGGCACUGUAUCUGGAACAUUAUUUAGACAGUUUGGAACAUCUACCUAUUGAGUUACAAAGGAACUUCACUUUAAUGCGAGAUCUAGAUACUAGGGCCCAAGGGUUAAUGAAAGAUAUCGAUAAAUUGGCAGAUGAUUAUUUAAAGAACUUAAAAAAGGAAUCUCCGGAGAAGAGAAAGGAACAAUUUACUCAUAUACAAAAUUUAUUUAAUAAGGCAAAAGAGUAUGGAGAUGACAAAGUACAGUUAGCAAUACAGACAUAUGAAUUAGUAGACAAACACAUUAGAAGGCUAGAUUCAGACUUGGCAAGGUUUGAAGCUGAAAUACAGGACAAGGCAUUAAUUAGUAGUAGAGCGCAAGAAGAAAAUAAUGCUAGUAAAAAGGGUAGAAAGAAGUUGAAAGAGAAAGAGAAACGCAAGAAGGGUGCUGCUGGUGCCAGUAGCGAAGAUGAGUCAAAGACUGCCAGGAAAAAACAGAAAAAAGGUGGAUGUGUGGCUUCUGCAUCAUCUGCCGGUGCUGUAGGAAGUGGAGCACAAGUGGAUUCUGGUGCUCUUGGGCAUCCAGCAGAUGUCUUAGAUAUGCCAGUUGAUCCCAACGAACCAACAUAUUGUCUGUGUCAUCAAGUUUCUUAUGGAGAAAUGAUUGGUUGUGAUAAUCCUGAUUGUCCCAUAGAAUGGUUCCACUUCGCUUGCGUUGGAUUAACCACAAAACCUAAAGGGAAAUGGUACUGUCCUAAAUGUACACAAGAUAGAAAAAAGAAGUAAGUUUCAAGGUUUGCGAAUUAUUGUUAAUUCUAUCUUAAAGAAAAGACUCGUACAUUAUUUCUAAAAUUAGCGUAUAAUACAAAAUAAUUUUCAUGGUUUAACAUGAAAUGGAAUUAAAUUGUGUAAAAAAGGUAGAAAAUUUGUAAAAAAAUAAGUGAAAACAAAAGGAAAGUGCUAAUAGCUGAAUUUGUAUUGCAUCCAACAUUGUUAUAAGAGUAUUCCUUCCUUCAAGGGUACACAAACAAUAAAUGUAUUAUUGUACAUUGCUAGCAAUGUUGGAUGUAAUGAAAGUGCAGCAAAAAUAUUUGCUAAUCACAGAAAAGGAGAUUUGAGAAUCGGCCAUGAUUAUUGUUCUCUUCCUUCUUUUUAGAUGUACAAAGUAGUAAUUUAUUAUAUACAACUGAAAUUCAAAUAAGAGCUUUACAUUUUUAUAUAAUUCUUUUCUUUGGCCGUUUUUCGAACACCUGUGAUUCGCUUAUCGAAAUUUUGUCUUUAAACUAAGUAUUGAGAAACGUAAUUAUAGUAUUAAAAUUAAACUUAUUACUGUUUUUAUAUUUUAUAAAUGUAAAUGACACUGUAUAGAGAAUAAGUUUUUUG